AUGUCCAACCAUGACGACCAGCCCCUAGACGAGGGCCGCCCGUCGCAGGAGCAGAAUCAAAAUCAAAAUCAAAACCAGCCUGACGUUGUGCGCCGGCCGUCCCUCGUUUCUUCACGCACCAUGUCCGACGCUGGUCGCCGCGCUUCCCAGCAGUACCACGUGCGGUUCUCGACCGAUCUCGACCGACCUGUCGAAGACCUACCACAGCCUCAAUUGUCGACGACCGCCGACCGACGUCCGAGUUCGCGAGGCUUGACUAUCGACACUACGCUGGCGCCCCCGUCGACUCAUCACCCUGCCCGCUCACCAACUUCUCCCCUUUCUCCUCCGAAUGCCGCCGCAGGCGCGACUCUCUCACCAAUCUCCCCGCAGAGCCCAGACUCCGCCGGUGGUCGUUCGCGAUCGCGAAACCGAGGUUACUCGCUUCGACGCAGCAUCUUUAACAAGACCAUUCACACACAAUCUGAUCAGGAUGAUUCCGCGAGUGUGGAGCUGGACGAUGCCCAUGGCUCUGGGAGAAGUCCCGAGGGGGAAAUUGCGGUUGCACCAAAGACCGUGUAUGCUCCUAGUCCCGUGGACGAGAAGAAUGAGUUGGCCGUUGCACCGACGGCGACGGUGGAAUGGACAAAGGACGAAGCCUCGACAUACCCCUCGUCCCGCUCCGAUUUGCCUCUGAAGGAGUAUUACAUGUCUGUCGCGCAAGAUAACUGGGUGAAGAAGAAAGCUGCUACGGCAGGACUUGUCACUCGCGUGGAGACUAUCUUGACUGCGAUCCAGAAAUUCAUUCUCCGCAUCAAGGAUAUGCCACCGACUAAGGACGGACGGCAUAUUGAUCUCAAUCCGUCCAUGGUUGAUACUCUACUCGAUGAGCGUACGGGCAAGGCCUAUUGUGCCAAUUGGAUUCGGUCAAGUCGGUACAGUUUCUGGAGUUUCUUCCCUCGGCAAUUGUUUGCUCAAUUCACCAAAUUGGCCAACUUUUACUUUUUGGUCGUCGCCAUCUUGCAGAUGAUUCCCGGUCUGAGUACGACGGGAACGUUUACGACUCUGAUUCCUCUGUUGAUUUUCGUCGGUAUCUCAAUGGGCAAGGAGGGAUUCGACGAUUGGCGCCGAUAUCGCUUGGACAAGGAGGAGAAUAACCGGUAUGCGUGUGUGCUUCGUCCGGGUCAGGCUCCUGUCAUCGAUGGUGCAUCCAUGGCCAGUGGUGCGCAUGACUGGGUGGAAAUUAAAUGGCAGGACAUUCGGGUUGGAGAUGUCAUCAAGCUCGAGCGUGAUCAGCCUGUUCCCGCUGAUUUCGCCCUCCUCCACGCCAAUGGACCUAAUGGAGUCGCUUAUAUCGAGACGAUGGCCCUUGAUGGAGAAACCAACUUGAAGAAUAAGCAACCCUGCCAGGCUGUGUCAAAGGUGUGCUCUACUGUCGACGACAUCAUCAGCAACUCGCUACAUUUCGUUGUGGAAGACCCAAACAUUGAUCUCUACAAGUUUGACGGUCAUGUCACGGUCAACGGCCAGGAGAAGCUCCCCUUGACCAACAAUGAGAUUGUCUACCGUGGUAGUAUUCUCCGCAACACUAACCGCGCCAUUGGCAUGGUUAUCUACACUGGCGAGGAGUGCAAAAUCCGCAUGAACGCCAACAAGAACCCUCGCAUCAAGAAGCCUGCCCUCCAAGCCAAGGUCAACCGCGUGGUUGUGUUGAUCGUUCUCCUGGUCAUCAUCCUUGCCGUUGCAUGCACUGUUGCCUACAAGUACUGGUCGCAGGAUGUAGAACGCUACUCCUGGUACAUCAGUGAUGCCAGUGUCUCCUACGGUCCCAUCUUCACCUCCUUCCUCAUCAUGUUCAACACGAUGAUCCCCAUCUCACUGUACGUCAGUAUGGAGAUUGUCAAGGUUGUGCAGAUGCUUCUGCUCAAUGAUAUCGACAUGUACGACCCAGAAACCGAUACGCCUCUCGAGGCACGCACGUCUACCAUCAACGAGGAGCUUGGCCAGAUCAGUUACAUCUUCUCCGACAAGACCGGUACCUUGACGAACAAUUCGAUGCGAUUCCGCAAGAUGAGUGUUGCGGGCACUGCGUGGUUGCACGAUCUCGAUCUUCAAGAAGAAGCUGCCCGCGAAGGUGAGAAGCUUAUUCACAAGAAGCGGAACCUGAAGGGGAAGAAGGCUGCUGGCCGGAAAUCAAAUGCCUCGGAGAUUCGCAUGAGCGCAGCACGGCCGUCCAACGUCUCUGCAAGCGCAGACCAGAUGCGCCGGUUUGCUCGGUCGGCGCCUUGUCGGACCACCGAGAUGCUGGAAUACAUCCAGCGCAAGCCGUAUACAAUCUUUGCAAGAAAGGCCAAGUUGCUCAUUCUGGCUAUGGCUCUUUGUCAUACUUGUAUCCCCGAGGAAGAUGAGGAUGGCAACGUGACUUUCCAGGCUGCUUCACCGGAUGAGCUGGCCCUUGUGAUGGCGGCCCAGGAACUUGGGUACUUGGUUAUGGAUCGCCAAUCGAACACCCUGACCAUUCGCACAUAUCCCGACGGUACGGAUGAACCUGCUAUCGACGAGAUUUACGAAGUCAUGGAUGUGAUUGAAUUCUCCAGUGCCCGGAAGCGCAUGUCAGUUGUCGUUCGCAUGCCCGACCAGCGCAUCUGCCUCUUCUGCAAGGGUGCCGACACCACGCUCAUGCGCCUGUUGAAGAAAGCUGAGCUAGCCCAUGAGAAGGCUGCCGAAAUUGAGCGUCGGGCCAGCAAGCGUAAGGCUGCUGAAGCCAACCAGGUCAUUCGUCGCAACAGCGAGUAUCACAGCCGCAAGGAUAGUAAUGUCCGCACCAGUCUCAGCCGACCCAGUUUCACUCGCCGUCGCUCUUCGGUUUCUGGGCACCAUGCUUCUACACUGCGAGAGAGUAUUGAUGUCUGGCUUCGUGACCGUGAGACUGACGGUGGUAUGCUGAACCGGGAGACGGAGAGUGCUUAUUACAGCCCUCGACCUUCUGCCCAGAUUGGACGCCAUUCGACUGCUAUCUCGGACUCGGGUAGCUCGACCAAUGGUGAGGAAGUUGAUGGGGAUCUGGUGGAAGAGGCUCUUGUUGUUGAUGAGGCUGCUAUUUUUGAGCGUUGCUUCCAACACCUAAACGAUUUCGCCACUGAUGGACUCCGCACUUUGAUGUAUGGACAUCGAUUCUUGGACGAGACCACUUACCAGAACUGGAAGACUGCGUUCCAAGAGGCUAGCACCAGCUUGGUGAACCGCCAACAGAAGAUCGAGCAGGUCGGUGAGGAAAUCGAGACACAGCUUGAACUGACCGGCGCUACUGCGAUCGAGGACAAAUUGCAAAAGGGUGUCCCCGAGGCUAUUGACAAGCUGCGCCGUGCAAACAUCAAGUUGUGGAUGUUGACUGGUGAUAAGCGUGAGACUGCCAUCAAUGUUGGACAUUCCUGCCGUCUGGUCAAGGAAUACUCUACCUUGACUAUUCUCGACCACGAGAAUGGUGAUGUGGAGGAGACCAUUGUCCAGCUAACUGCCGAUCUCAUCCACAACAAAGUCGCGCACUCCGUGGUCGUCGUUGACGGACAGACUUUGUCGGAAAUUGAAGCUGAUGACGUCGUCCGUGAUCGGUUCUUCCAGCUCGCUAUCCGCGUUGAUUCGGUCAUCUGCUGCCGUGCUAGCCCAAAGCAAAAGGCGUUCCUUGUCAAGACCAUCCGGAAACAUGUCAACGACUCGAUCACCCUGGCUAUCGGCGAUGGUGCCAAUGAUAUUGCUAUGAUCCAGGAAGCUCAUGUUGGUAUCGGCAUCACUGGUAAGGAAGGUCUGCAGGCUGCUCGUAUCUCGGAUUAUUCGAUUGCGCAGUUCCGUUUCCUCCUAAAACUGCUUCUUGUCCAUGGUCGGUGGAAUUACAUGCGCGCCUGCAAGUACACUCUCGGCACGUUCUGGAAGGAAAUGCUCUUCUACCUGACGCAGGCGCUGUACCAGCGUUGGAACGGGUACACUGGCACAUCACUUUACGAGCCGUGGAGUCUGAGCAUGUUCAACACUCUAUUCACUUCGUUGGCAGUGAUCUUCUUGGGUAUAUUCACCAAGGAUCUCUCCGCCUCGACUCUCCUUGCCGUGCCUGAGCUCUACACCAAGGGUCAGCAGAACGGCGGCUUCAAUAUUCGCCUCUACCUCGGCUGGACAUUCAUGGCAACCUGCGAAGCCAUGAUCAUCUUCUUCACGAUGUACGGCCUCUUCGGCAUGGUCCAGAUCAACCCAUCCGACACCGACACCUUCGCCCUCGGCCUCCUCACCUUCACAGCCUGCAUCAUAGUCAUCAACAUCAAACUCCAAGCUCUAGAAGUCCACAACAAGACCUACCUCUCCCUCAUCGUGAUAAUCAUCUCCGUCGGCGGCUGGUUCCUCUGGGACAUCAUCCUCUCGCAACGCUACAAGCUCUCCUCAGGCAAAGGCGUCUACGCCGUUCCCGACAACUUCCUCCACCACGCCGGCCAUAACCUCCUCUUCUGGCUCGUCCUCCUUAUCUCCGUCUCCGCAGUCCUCCUCUUCGAACUCACCGUCUCCACCCUCCGCGCCCUCUUCUUCCCCACAGACGUCGACCUCUUCCAAGAAUACGAGCAAGACUUGGAUAUCCGGAAACGCUUUGAAGAAGCUGCCGCCGCAGAAUUGCAACAGGGUUGGGAUCGUGGAACGAAAAAGUCUUCGUUCGAACUUGCUCGUGAAGCGGCGGAACUUGAGGAGAUGGAUGCGAGGGAAAAGCAUGUUCAGGAGUUGUUGGCAAGGCCGCGCGUUAUGACGGAGAAGCCGGUCGCGAAUGAGAUUGAGAUGGAGGGAUAUUCGAGUGCUAGUGUCACUGCUAGUCACAGUGGCAGCGAGGCUGUGGAGAGGAGGGUUUCUGAUUCUGGGGCCGGUGGUCCACAUGGCACCCUGGACCAGUCUGAUGGUGCUGGUGUUGAGCCUAUGUCUCCGACUGAAUCUUGUGCGCCGCGGCGCUCGGUUGAGAUUCAGGAGUUGUUUAGUAAGGGCUUUGGCACGAUUCGCAAGGGUCACUUGAAGUGA